AUGGCGAACCCUGAGAGCCUGCUGCCUUUACUGCAGGCAUCAAUGCGCAUUGACUGUAUUCAUCAAAAUAUGCUGCGCUUGUGCUUGACAGCAUUGCCCGUUGCCGGUCACAUCCACAUAUGCUUCACCCUGCAAAGGUACAUAUGUGAAAGCCCCCAAUGUGGUUUUGUUACUGUUGUUAGCUGGACAGCCCAAAGAGACUGCCGUCUGUGCUGCAGGCCACCAUUCAAGAGAUGGAGAUGGACAGCCCAGACAUCGCUGUCCGCCUCUUCAGUUGAUGUCCUGAUUCACAUUUCUAACCAAUAG